CGAUGACACAUGGCAUACAUAGACUAAGCACUCAUGAUAUCUGACUGUUCACAGUAACACGGUACCACCGAUGUUCUACUGUACAAACAAACAAGCAAUGAUCCGUCCUGUCAGACGAAGGACACGGCCUGGGAACGCCAAUUGAUUCCCGUUUUCUAAUCUGGCUGCCCUGAAUCGUGACAGAUAACAAAAGCUCACCGCAUAAAACGGUGUGCCACCGUACCGUCUGAUAACGGCAAGGAUGUGCUGCAGAAAAGAUUUCUUCCUUUGGUGUGGACCCUGAGGCUCCCUGUUACGGUUCGUAGCUCCAAUCAGGGUCUCAGUUCCGGCCAUUUUCAGCCAGUCAGACAGGCAUGCCAGGGAACGUCUCUUGUUGCAGGGAGGCUUGCAGAUGGCUUCACCAUGCAGUAGCUUUGCUCUGGCUCUGGCUCUGGCUCUGGCUCUGGCUCUGGCUCUGGCUCUGGCUCUGGCUCUGGCUCUAGCUCUGCCUCAUCUCAGGGGCCUCUAUUUUUCAAGGGCUCGGGCGCAAACUCAAACCUACAGUACAGGGCUCAUUUCUCGGCGUGAGAAUUAAUGCAAGGCCGACGACAUCGAGCGCCUGUUCCGCCAGAGAAACCGGAUUGAAAGGUGAUAGUAUCCACCGUCAAGCAGCUCAAUCAUGACGCCAAUACGGUCACCGUCAGGAGGAAGAGGCAUUGGCGAAGGUACCUACCUACCUACAUACCUUAGUACAUAGAUGCUCUCCCAACCAAGACCACGGAAAAUCAAGAGACGCUACGUCGAUACUUUGCAAAUCUGGCCCCGGUUUCGUUAUUUUCGCGCGCACAGUUUCGGUCCGUUGUUUUAUGUGACGUCAAGCCAGCUCCGCUCAGGGUCCGCUCGUGCCCCGCCAGUCCGGUCCGCAGCCCUAUCAGCCAUGCCGUCCGGCCCCACCAGGGAACACCGUUAUCCACCCAUGGUCAAGGCGGCCAUCUUCGGCUGCCCUGGGCGCCAUCACCAAACGAUUAUUCAUGCCAAACCCGUCUCACAAGUAUUAGCUCGUCCAGCAAUCGACAAUCAUGUUGCGAUCUGGAAAAUGAGAAACAGACAUGAAAGAAAUAACGCAAUUGCAACGAGUAUCGUAACAGGUGGAGAGAUGAAGGUUGCACAGGCAUCGCAUCUAUGUAGGUAAUGUAUCUGCAACACAGACCAUCCAAUACAAGAUCUGUCCCUGAAAGCAUGUGAAACGCGAUAGCCCUUAUCACCCCUACCGGGUUCAGAUCUGCAUAUGGAAGCACAAGUCUACAGGGUCCUUAUACAUACAUACGCUGAAAGGGUUCGGUUCGUCCAUGGGCCCUGAAUUGGCGGUUUGUUGUUGGCUGGCUACAAGUCACUGCACCGGUCUGCCACAUCAGUCCAACCGAGCUUGGCUUAGCUGGUCUUGGCUCGGCUCAGCUCAGCCUUUACUGUCUGUCAUCUUUUGAUACGGUAGUCAUCGUCGUCAUUGGAUUGUGCUCUACCGCUUUUCUGUCAUACAAAGCACUCCUAUGUCAUCAAACUCAAGCAUGCAUCUGUCGGCGUCGUUAUCUGCUUGCCCUUCCAUUCCCGCCGUGAAAGAAUUACAUACAGCUCGUUGGACCAUCAUAUAUCCCUUGGCGGCCUCCUAAACGACCUUUAGGACAAUCUUUGGCUGGGAUCAUGGAUCAUAGUGCUUGGCGUCCCAAUAUCAGCAUGUCUCGAUCAAACGUCCGCGCCGACGCGGGGCAUGCGCGCGAUUAAUACAACUCUUCCUUGCAUCAUCCUUGUGGUUGAUUAACGGAGCACAACGUUGGACGAAAACUAACAAUGAGCGGGAAACACUGUGGAGAAUGAAUGAAUGGUACAGUGCAGUGCAGUGCUGUUGAUUGUGAGUUAAGUACUCCGUAUUACGGUACACUUUGACGGUGACAUGAGGGAACCACAAUAUAACCAGAAUUGUCGAUGUUUUUCUGGUGGUUGGAUUUCCUCUCCUUUGACAGCUGUCCCUGAUGUCACUGUACAUAGCAUUCUCUGCAGAAGUUCUAGAAACAAGAACUGUCAAAACAGAGUUCAGAAUUUGCAGAAAAUAGCGGCAAUUAAUUUUGACCGUCGUCUGGAAGCCCAAGCAAUUGUACAGAAUACAGCUUCGGUCGACUCCCGUCCUUAGAUCCUAGCAACCUCCUGCUUAUCACUUCCUCGUUACGGUGACACCUCCCGCCUACCGUUCAGCCCGUUCUGAAUCUGACGGAAUAUAUCUCACGUUUCCUUGGUUUGUGAUGGAGGGUGAGAACAACGAUAAUCUUGAGCAAUUGGGCGUGACAGAACGGACACGGUGCAGGAGAUCGACAGUAAAUAAUAUCCUUUUAUAUGCAUGGCAAAAAAAGCCGCGAUAUGCGGAUUGGCUUUGGUCUAAUUACUCUGUACUUCCAGUCUAAUACAAUAAAUGUGUCUGUCUCCUGUCA